AUGGAGGAAUUUGGGACAGAAAGCAGCCACGGGAAACUUGCCGAUUCCGUGGCGUUCAACUAUAACCACUAUGUAAGUUUAUUUGGUGAAAGAAGAUCUGGCGACGGAUUGGUGAGUCAUGAGGGUGUGGAGGGCGAUGAUGAAGGGGAGGGGAAUGAAGAUACUGGCAAUGAUGGGGAUUACAUUGAAGACGAAGAGGAAGAGGAUACCGAUGAGGAGGAGGAGGAAGAGGAUACUGACGAAGAGGAUUCUGAAGAAAGCGACGAUGAAGAAGAACAAGAAGAGGAUUCUGAAGAAAGCGACGAUGAAGAGGAACAAGAAGAGGAACAAGAAGAGGAACAAGAAGAGGAUACCGACGAAGAGGAUUCUGAAGAAAGCGAGAAAUUCAGUGAGGACAAUGAUGAUCGCCAGAACAAGGCACACAAAAGAGCACUCGAGCGGGCGAGGAAGAGAAGGGUAGAGCAAGAAAUCACUGAGUGGAUCGCUGACCUGGCGCCACAUAUCAAGAACUUCCACGGAGUGUCAGCAACUGUCCCUCAGGUAGACAAAUUGCCUUUAGUAAUAAAGCCAAAGCCAUGGCAAGAGGCAGCUUUGGCAAAAGUUUUCUACACAGCCAAAAGUGUUCUAAAGACAAUUCUAAUUGGGGACCCGAUGGGAUUAGGAAAGACAUUGGUCGCCAUGAUGGCAGUCGUAUCGGCAGCAAUGUCCGGUGCAUCCAGAUUUUCAGUGGUUGUCGUGCCUCCCAGUGUCUUGAAACAAUGGCACGAAGAGUUCAAUAGAUUCUUCACUCCAGGAACGGUCAAGGUUAUGAUAUUGUCAAACCCAAAGACAACAGCGACAGAGCUCUCAAGAUACGAUGUGAUUUUAGUGUCGUAUCCGUUUCUCAUGACGCAGUAUCGAAAGAAACUCAGAUACUUAGAGCAAGUGGCAAGGUGCAACAAGACUGGCAGAGGAGCGCUUCCUAAAAGACCGUGGCUGAAUCUCUUUUCUGAAGAGUUUCAGCAGACACCUGAAAUCAAGUGUCCAUACAUCGUACUGGAUGAGGCGACUGCAGUUAAAAAUCCCGAGUCAACAACUCAUAAAGCAGCUCUAGCGCUGAGAAUGAUGGCAGACACAUGCCUCAUGUUGACCGGUAGUCCCAUCGACAACAGAUGGACUGAUGCGUUUGGGCUAGGCCAGUUCUUGGAGGGCUGCCCAAUAAAAACAACGGACGACAUGGAGUUAGUGUUUGCGGUGAAAAAGGGAAAGGGGAAAAUUGGUCCUCCUGACGGAAUCCAAAUGCUGCGAUUUGUGCAGUUUCUGCGAGCAUGGAUCGUACGCCGCCCGCAAGAUACGAUUCAAUUACCAGGAUUGUACCAAGAGGAUUGCCAGUUUAGGCUCAGUUCUCAUGAGGCCGGCAUGAGCAACAUGUACUUUCAAAAGUACUUCAAUGCCAUGGUAGUGGCACGUAAGAACGCCAAGAAGAAGGGCGGCGCCCUAUGCAAAGACGGCCCUCUUCCUUGGGGUCAUUUGGCCAAAUCGACGCAAUACAGCUAUCACUCCCAACUCACACUGAUAAUGCACAUUGUAACAAAAACCAUGUCACGAGACUUCAAGGAGACGGUGACGGAAGCAUUGUUCUCACCUGGAGAGAUCAAGGAAUGGAGUCUUUGGCGUGAGAGGCUUCAAGCAGAAGAAAGUUGGAGAUCGGCAAGAGUUGAUACAAUAAUAUCGAAGUUUAAUAAAUUGAGGGAUCUUGACCCAAGUAUAUCUUUGAUGAUUGUGGCAGAACAAGUCCACUUUCUCGACAUUAUCGAAACGGCAUUCCACCACAUGUACGAUCCGGUCAACACCCUCAGGUAUGACGGGCGUCAGGCUCCAGACAGACGAUCCUCGAUCUUGAAAGAAUUUGAGAAGGGGGGAAAGGUCCUCCUCAUCACGAGGGCUACGGGGGGGGUAGGACUGAACAUUACCACAGCAAACACGAUAUUCCUUUGCGGUGCCUGGUGGAAGCAAGAGUGGGAGGAUCAGGCGAUAGGACGAGCAUACCGUAUGGGUCAGAGCCAAUCGGUAUCAGCAUACAGAUUCUACGCCUGGAAUGGAGACCUCGAGCAGCAUAUUAGACAGAAGAGGGACGACAAAAAUAAGCAUAACAAAGCAGUGGUAAAGGCAGUAACGAUGGCUGAUGGAGAGAUACCAGACAUAUACACGUACAGUCGUCUAAAGCGCCGAGGGCAUUGA